CACCCAGUGAUCUCAUCACAGAUACUUGAUUCCUCUGUUCUUGCAUCCCAGACACUAGAUGUUCGGGCAUCUCAAACUAUGGAGCAUAGACGAAGAGGAGGUCGUUUUGGAAGAUCUAGACCCAAGUGUUCUUAUUGUCACAAACUUGGACACACUCGUGAAAUGUGUUAUUCCUUACAUGGUCGUCCACCCAAAAAUGCUUACAUUGCUCUGACAGAGACUACAGGUAGCCAUGGAUUUUCUUUAUCUAAAGAAGAAUAUAAUGAGCUCCUUCAGUAUCGAGCAAGUAAGCAGACAUCUCCACAAGUAGCCUCAGUUGCUCACACUGAUACUUCUGUUACUGGUAAUUCUUUUACUUGUGUUUCCCAGUCUAGCACUCUUGGCCCAUGGGUCAUGGACUCAGGCGCUUCUGAUCAAAUCUCCGGUAAUAUAUCAAUUUUGUUAAAUAUUGUAUAUUCACAGUCUCUUCCCACUGUUACUUUAGCCAAUGGAUGUCAAACUAAGACAAAAGGAGUUGGACAAGCUAAUCAUUUGUCUUCUAUCACCCUAGAUUCCGUUCUUUAUGUCUCUGGCUGUCCUUUUAGUCUUGCAUCUGUUAGUCGUUUGACUCGUGCCCUCCAUUGUGGUAUAUAUUUUAUUGACGAUUCUUUUAUUAUGCAGGACCGCAGUACGGGACAGACAAUUGGUACAGGACGUGAAUCAGAAGGCCUUUACUACCUUAACUCACUCAGUCCUUCCACAACAUGUCUAGUUACAGAUCCUCCAGAUCUAAUCCACAGACGUUUAGGACAUCCGAGUUUAUCCAAA